AUGUCUGCGGCCGUACGAAGAUAUGGCGCGAGCAUAAAGGGUCUCGCCAGACCGCUACCCGUACCGGACCGCUUCUUCCGCCAGAUACAGAUGGACUUUAUUACGGACCUCCCCCUUGCGAACGGUAACCGCUGCCUCUGGGUUAUCAAGGACCGGCUAAGUAAGGAAGUUAUACUCGAACCGAUGCCAACGAUGGAAGCGGAAGCAUGUGCAGAGCGUUUUCUAUGGUGCUUCGCCCGCUACCACUGGUGGCCCGACGCUAUAACGAGCGAUAGGGGCUCCGAAUUGGGUAGGCCGCUUUUGGAGGCACAUGUGCAAGUUACUGGGGAUCGACCAGCAGCUAAGCACGGCGUACCACCCCAAACCGACGGAGGCCCUGAGAGGAUGAACCAAGAAGUACAGGCAUACCUCCGCGCCGUGAUUAACCAGAACCAGAACGACUGGAUAAGUGGGUUCCCGCGGCUCAGAUGGCGUUAA